AUGUUUUGGAAUGCAUCCGAGGAUCCUGCUUUGCUUCCACGGUUCGACAUUUCGCACGUUUUCGGAUUAUCCGACGUGUCAGCGUCAGAAGACAUAGCGCUCACCCGAACGUCCGAGUUCGAGCCUUUUGAUUUGACAAGAGCCGAAGUGCAACCGCCCGUUGUGAUCGACGAACGUAAUCUUCCAGAGCCAGCAGUAUCCGACAGUGUACUAACUCAGCCCGAAACCAUAGAAUACACCGUUGUAGACGCAGGAACCAAAAGAGGCAAACCAAAGCUAGUAUCCUCCGAUGGAUAUUCAUUCACGUUUAAGUUGAAGACAGCGGACGUGGCUGAUGUGUUCGCGGCCUCCCGUAGAUUGGUUGAUUACCAUAUUAAAGUUUUCGAGGCCACAUAUUUUAACCUGCCCAAGCCGCAGACAUUGACGAGGAUCCUCAACCGUGCCCGAGAAAAGCAUCGGCCAACAGAUCCAUCAUCACUUGACUUUGAGGUGGACACAGACUUCAUCGGAGAUGGUUUUCUACGCGGUGAUGUGCGUGUAGACGGGGAACGUCACCUCAUCUUCGCCAGCGACGAUCAGCUGAGCAGACUUCAGCAGUCAAACCGCUGGUUCGUCGACGGCACGUUCCACGUCGUCCGGAAGCCUUUUUAUCAGCUUCUAUCCGUGCACGCAUUCCUACGACACGAGGAUUGUCUGAAGCAGGUGCCUUUACUCUUCGUGUUGAUGUCACGCAGAAGGAAGGUAGACUACCUCGCCGUCUUCCGGCACAUUUUUUGGGGUUUGUGGCGGGAAGAACCACAAGUCCAAGGAUUCGUAAUGGACUUUGAGAUAGGUUGGUUUUACCUUUUUUAA